CGAAAACAACGACUAUCGACAAUACGUAACGGCAACGGCAGUAAGGAGAUAGGAUACUAUGACGGAUCGAAGUAGUCGUGUGCUAUCCUCCUGGUUUUUGGAGCGUAAGGUGAUAGGCGAUCGUAUAAGACUUUAUAUUGGUGUCACCGCAGUUGGACGAACACCGGGAUCAGCUCUAUGUAUUUUAGAUUCUCAUUAUGUUUCACGGAAACACGCGGAAAUUACUGUGGAUAAUGAUGAGAAAAUCGUACUAAAGGAUUUGGGUUCGAUAAAUGGAACCUUUGUGAAUGGCAGUAAAGUGCAGAAUAGCGAGAUCGAGCUAAAAGCAAACGACUGUAUUGGAAUAGGUGUAACGGAUGAUACCGAACCGAGCCUAAAACAUCCAAUAUACAAACUUAUAUAUGCACCAAUGCCUAUAGUAACAACUAUUUUCAAAGCACCGAUAGGAAUUGAAGCAACUCAAGUCAUAGUUGUAGAUGGAGAUUCAACAACAGAAAAUUCAAAUAUCGCACAAGAAGUUAAAAAAGAUGAACCUAAGUGCUCCGCCAUAUCAACUUCCGUAGCGGAAACAUCGUCUUCCUCAUUGUUACCUGGCGUUCCUACGGCAACCAGCACAAAAUUAGACAUAACUUCUAAUAAAACCGACGUUUCAUUAACAAACGUUAGAAAAUCCAAUGAACAUUUGAAAGCUUCGACGUCGUUGUCAAAAGUACCGAUGCUAUAUUACGGUGAUGUAAUUGUUUUAAGUGACGACGAGGAGGACAAUGUUGUCCUUAAAAAGGAAGAUAACAAACCGACUGAAGAGAGUAGCAGUAGCAAAGAAAAAAUUAAAGAAACCCGAGACGAAAAUUUGUUUAAUAAACCUGAGCCGGUGCUUUCGAACACCAGCUCUUCAAGUAAAUCGACGGCUUCAGUUGCUGGUACAAUGACCGAUAAUGCCUCUUCCCUUCAACCAACGAACGAAAAAGCUGUCAUACAUGAGCCAAUAUCAGCUGAUGUCAAGCGGGAGUUUGUAAAUUCUUGCUACGAAAAUGUGGUGGAUAUAUUUGGUGGCACUGAUGAGGUUAUACUACAGAGUGUAAAAGCCAUUAACCCAUUGGUAUACAAGAAGCUUAAUGAUGAUAAAGCAAUAGAUAAACCACUUUGCAAUGGCGACACUAUCGAUUUACUAAGUGACAAUGAAGAGGACGAAGGCAGUAAUGCUCAAAACGUGGAGUGCUUCGGUGAACUAGUGCCGGCCGAUGCAAAAGAAGCACAUACAAUUAAAAAAACAAUAAAUAACAAUGAGAAUAACAUUGAAGAAGUAAAGCAGGUUGAUGAUAGCACCUGUAAAACAGGUCGAAAGAGUCCAAGUUUGUUCGACAGUUCGCUAAACAGCUCCAAAAGUUCAGUGGACGAACAGAGGAGUGUAAAUGUCGAUAAACAAAGCGUGGAAAAUGCGACGGAAGAUUCCGUAAAUACUGCAGAAGAAUUGGCCGCUUUUGUGGAUAUGGAUGAUGAUAUGUUGUUCUCUCAAAUUUUAAUAAACGAUAUCAAAUCUGAAAUGAUGUGUGACCAUAAUGAAGAAGAAUUGGCGGUUGAAGACGAACCAGCCUAUGACGCCUGCAAAGAUAAUAGCCCAGAUGAUUUUGCAAAUAUACAGAUAAAGAAAGAGCCCAUUGAGUAUGAUACGCCCGAUUGCAAAGUGAUUUCAACUAAAGGUAAAGCGAAAUGCAACGAAAUAGAAAAUGACGUAUGGAUUACGAUAGACGACGAUGAUGAGUAUUACGAUGAAGAGUUCGAGCACAAAGUUUCCGAUUGGAGUACGAAGUUGCUGUCACAAAAAAUGAAUAUGUCACAGGUAUUUGAUUUUCAACAUGAUAGGGCAGACGACUCCGAUGACAAUGUUAAAAAGGAAGAAGAACAUGGACUAACAUAUGAAAGCGAUGACCUUGAUUUUUUCAAUGAAGAACUUGUAGAUGAUGUAGUUGCGACGUUGGCUAAAAAAAAUGGUGAAAUUAAAAACAAAGAUCAAUCGCCAAAGCUGGCACGGCGAAUGUCACACUCGGGUGUUGGCAAUUAUGAUGCGGAAAGCAGCAAUGAAUUGUUAAAACAACCAAAGAAACACGUUGUAAAAAAAGAUCUGAAAAAAACACAGUUGGAAAGAAACUCAAGUAGUGAAUCAACUGAAGCGCCAACAGAUGCCAAAGCGACUACUAGUAGUACAAGAGUUUCGAGCAGUGACGGCAAAGAGAAGGAAAGAAACGAUAAAAGAGGCUUGAGUAAAUCAAUUAAACGUUUGCACCACCCACCCUCUGUAAUCGAUGCACCUUGUUUGCCCAUACACAAGGGUAAGCACAGAGGCGUUUCCGCAGAAACACGCCCAACAUUGCCAAAGGAAAUGCACAAAAAAAUGCGCGAGAUCAAAGGACAAUUCCGAGAUGAGCGAUAUAGAGAUGAAUUAAAGAGAAAGUGGCUUGAGAAGCCAAGCGAUGAGCGGCGCAGAGAAAACGAAAAGAAACGUAAGAUAAAAGAAUCGCGCAAGGAAAGAUUAAAAGAACUUGCCGAUAAGCAAUUAGCAGAUACGUCUAAGGAAGCCUUGCUGAAACGCAAACAUUCUACCACUGACCACGAAGGUGUGGAGAAGAAGAAGGCUAAGGUGAAAAUCACCGCAACCAAUCGUGGUGCGCUGCUUGCAGAGGACAUUAGUGCGCCUAAGAAAUUUUCCAACACUUAUAAAAUACCAAAAACAAAGCGACCCAACAGCGAUACAACAACAAAUGCCAUAGAGUCCACAACAGGUGCCACUGCAACAAUUGCAACAAUUCCCAAACCAAAUCACCCAACAAUUGUGGACGCAUUUGCGCAGGAAAUGAAAAAAGUCGAUCAAAUCAUUCGUCGACGUUUAUCGAGUAGCGGUAGUGCUAAGUCCGUGUCACGUUCAGCUUCGCUUGAUGAGAAUAGAAAUGCGACCACAACAGCCGAAGCGAAAGCGCUUAAUGCACCCGUGCGUAAAUGUAAUAAAAUUACAUUUGCCUCCAUGCAAAAAAAUUAUACCGAAUCUCGCAUAAAUCAACAACUAUUGCAAAAAAUCACAAAUCAUCGCUCGUGCCUCAUAGAUGUGGUGCAUCGUAAUGCCAAUGAGGAGCGUCAAAAGAAGCAUGUACGCUUCAAUGAAACGCCAAUUAUCCACUAUAUUGAACGUGUAAAUGGCGCGAAUAAGCGUGUGGAUCGCAAAGAUAUACUGCCAAGUCCAACUUGUGCGGAUCGUGCGCAAAUGGUGCGCCAAGCGUUCGCUAUGAUCGAUAAAACCGCACAAAUAAUCUCACAAAUAUUGGGUUGGAGCAAUGAGUGGCUGAUCAAUCGUAAUGCUCAAGUGGAUGCUGCCAGUGAUAUUAUGUUGCCUAUGCCAAAUCAAUUUAACUCAUUCAAUCAUUAUAAAAGCAUAAUUAUACCGUUAAUGAAAUUAGAAUUUAUCAGUAUGCUGGAACGUGAUAAUACUCGUUGCAAAGCCAAGCCGUUUAAUCUCGCCGCGGAUCAAGUCACUCCAUAUUUGGAUCGUUAUAUCAUAUUGGGUCGUUGUACUGGCGUAAAUAGUGCGAACACAAAAUGCGAACUUGUCGUUUUGGAAUGGGGCAAGUUUAAGACGUUCGCGUACAUGUCGUCCAAGCGUGUGGGUUUCAACAAUGUGACCCUCGUAUAUGAAGUGCUGGCAAAAGACUUAGCAGAUUUAGAGGACUUACGUGCCAAUCUUAAAAAUCCAAUUACAGUGCGGCCGAUGGUCGAUAUUGUGCGUGUCGAAUUUGGUGCCUUUAAUGCCGUCUAUCAAUUGGAGCAAUCGCCUUUGCUAAAGGAAAUUCUGGAUCCCAUAGAAUUGUGCAAAAUAAAACCAUAUCCGAAAUGCAAUAUACAAUACAGCGGUUGUGACGAACUAAACAAUCGCCAAAAGGAUGUUUUACUACGCACAUAUCGGCAUGCCACCGAAUCGACACCGAAUAUAACCUUAAUACAAGGGCCACCUGGCACCGGUAAAUCCUGUGUCAUUGCGAAUUUGGUGCAUCAAUUGCUUUACGGCAAUGAGGUGCGCAUACUCGAUCAAAAAGUAUUGGUUUGUGCGCAGAGCAAUGCAGCUGUUGAUGUUAUCGCUGAGAAGCUCUUCGAUAUGAGUCAAACGAAGUCACCGGAUAAAAUGUUCCGAUUAAUACGUUUCGGUUUGUUGGAGCGUAUUAGUACCAAAGUACGACAUGCUACUCUACCAAAAAUUAUUGAGCGCAAUCAAAUCAGAAAACUGAAAGCAAUCUGCAAAAAUCUGCAAAUUGAUCAUAAAGUCGAUAUGAAAGAAUAUUUGCGCAAUGAAAUUUUAAAAAUCGAAGCCGAUAUAGAACACAUGAAGCUGAGUAACGUGAAAAACACUGUGCAGGAGGAGGUCCUACUGGAGAAGCAGCGACAAAUUCAAUUAAUGCGCAAUAUUGUGAAUGGCGUUUUGCGGCCCGAAGAUGAGAAUAGCUUGUACAAUUGGCAUUUGAAGCAUGCGAAUGUUGUGUGCACGACGCUGUCCAGCUGUGUGAAAUUAUCAAAAUACGUAAAUUAUUUUGAUGUCUGCAUCAUUGACGAGGCGACACAAUGUACGGAACCAUGGACUUUAAUGCCACUCAAAUUUGGUAUCAAUACAUUGGUGCUUGUCGGCGAUACACAGCAACUGCCAGCUACGGUGCUCUCAAAGAAAGCAUCCGAUUUCGGUUUGGGCACGUCCCUAUUUACACGUAUCCAGCGUUGUAUAGAAUCGGUUACACUCAAAACCGUCGUCAAGGCCGAUAAAGCGAGCAAUGUUAGCAGCUUAGAGUGCACGGAUAUUAUUUUUAGCUUACAAACACAGUAUCGUAUGCAUCCGGAGAUCUGCAAAUGGCCCAAUUCGUAUUUCUAUAAAAAUGAGUUGAUCGAUGAUGCCAAAACUCAUCAAUUCAAAACACCUUUAAAACCAUUUUCAGUACUUAAUCUGACCUAUACACAAAACGAUAAUUGCCAUCGUGGUCAAAUCGCUAACGAACUGGAAGCACAGUUUGUGGCACGUUUGGUGAAAACGCUGGACGGUUAUAUACCCAUGAAGUACAAUACAUAUGGUGUAAUAACGCCGUAUGCACAACAGCGAGUUGCCUUAGAAAAAGCGUUGCGCAUGGCUGGUUAUUCGAAUGUGAUGGUGAACACCAUUGACUCAUACCAGGGUAUGGAGCGCGAUGUUAUUAUUAUAUCGAAUGCGCGCACUACUGGUAUAGGCUUUUUGGCUAACUAUCAGCGUUUGAAUGUGGCUUUGACGCGUCCAAAGAAGUGCCUUAUAUUGUGCGGAAACUUUAAAAAUUUGGAGACAGUGCCGGCUUGGCGUAGCCUUCUAACCUCAGCGCGUGAACGUAAGCUCUAUCAUGAGCUUAGUGCCAACUGCAUGGAUGAUAUGCAUAGAACUGUAAUUCCUAAAAUCAAAAUUUCUAAAGUAAACAACGCUAUAACAGAAGCCACAGCAAUAACAAUAACCAAAGAAGUAACCACAGUCGCUACAAUAACAAAACAAAAUGAACAAUAAGUACAAUAUAAAGAUAAAAGUUAAUGAAACAGAAACUGAGCUGUAAAAUGUAGUCACUAUUCAUUAAACUGCACGGCACACGGCUGGGUAUUGGACCAAACCAAAUUUUGUCGAGAGAUUAAGUCGUAAGUAAAAAAGUAAUUUCUCCGUUUUUCGAAGUCAACUACAAAAUCGAAAUAUUUGACUUCGAAUUUCGAAAUUUGGCAUAUUGAAUAGAAAAUUGUUAAUUAUAGUAUGUCAGUUACUGAAAAAGUUAGAAUAUGGGCAUCAUCCACGUUUUCCUCUUAUUUCAAUAGUAAACAACAAGUCAAGUUUUUAUAACAUAUGCUACAAGGUUAAAAAUUCGGUCCAGUGUUUUUGAAAUAUACAAUUUUUUUUCAAUGAUUUGACGUUGUUGACCUUUGCUCAAUUUCAAAAUUCGAAGUGAAAUAUUUUGAUUAUGACCUUUGCUAUUUUUAUAUUUCGAAAUUCGAGGCCAAAUAUUUUGAUUAUAAUCUUUGCUCAAUUUCGAAUUUCGGUGUAAAAUAUUUCGACAAUGACCUCAAUUUCUAAAUUCGAAGUCAAGUAUUUCGACUUUGACCGUUGCUCAACUUUAGCAUUCGAAGUCAAAUAUUUCCACAUUUAUCUUUGAUGAAUUUCGAAACUCGAAGUUUUGACUUUAACACAAUCUCUCGAAAAGAAUCGGUUUAGUGCAAUACCCAGAAAAAGUUGAUUUUGCCGUAGUGUUAUUAAUUUUCAACUUGAAAGAAUUUCUACAUUAAGAGAAAAAGGCAGAUUGUAUUGUAUAUUAUAAAUUUUGCACAUUGUUAUAAAAAAAUCCACAGUUAUAUAAUAUGUAUAAUAUAAAAUCCAUAUCGUAAAAUAACUGAUCAUAUAAAUAUGUAUAACACUAUUGUAGAAUAGCUGUGUAACUGAUAUUUGCAUUUAAGUAUUCACCACAGCUACAGCUCUGUCCUUAUCCGCGAUAGUAUUUUAUAUUUACUAUACUUUUUUCUGAAAAUUGCAUAAUACCGGCCUCAGAGUGCUCGUAACUCAUACAAAUGAUUACGUUUCAUGUGAACAUUACUUAUAACGGGUUAAUUACUUAGCUUUGUAUAACAAAUGCGAGAUUGCGCAACUAUUAUAAGAUAUGUUAGAUUAGAGUUAAUAUGAAAGCGAGAAAUUUGUUGAACGCAAAAAAAAAAAACACAAAUAUUAUAUAUAUAUAUAAUAAACUUCAGCUGGCUUGUUUAAAAAAAAGUUGGUUUAAAAAAUAAAAUAUAUAUAUGUGAAUCCAGAUUUCUGUAUAGAUGCACGUUACACAUACGUCUAAGUAUAUUAUUUAGUUUGUAUGUGUGUAAAGAAAUGUGUAAUAUAUAUUUUUUAAGCGUCCUGCAAGAAUACUACAAAUAAAUAAGACUUUUAUUUACUUGAUUUUUUGUUUUUCAUAAGAUAUACAUUUAUUUCACAAUACUCAGGUAUUCAUUUUUUUACACAAAAUAUCUAUUAAUUUUAAAUGAAUGCUGCUCCCAUAAAUUGAAAUAUUUUUAUAAUUCGACGAACUCAUUUAAUAUUUUCUCUCAUUAAAAUAAAUAUGCAAUAAUUAAGAGUCGGUUUUUUUUUAUUAAUAAUUAAUGAAAAAUUAUGUAAAUAUAUACCAUAUCUUUUUUAACUUUCUGACUGCAAGAUUAAGGUUUCGAUAAUAAAAUGUUGAAAUAUUUGUAUUCAAAAAGGUCUUCAUUUAAUUUCGUUUCAAAAAAAUUUGGCUUUUGUGGGCUCGACUACCAUGGUAAUGCAAUUUAUGUGUAUUGCAGAGUUGCGAAUUUUUUAAUUAAAAAAUUUGGAUUUAAAGUAAGAUUUUAAAUUUUUGUUUCCAAUUGGGAGCUUAAAAAUU